AUGAACUACGGUCUUCGGAAAUGCGUGCUCGGUGAAGCUUUGCAGUGGUUUUGGCUCCGCUUAAGGACAAUAAACAGGAGUUACUCUGAUAAGGUUUUCCAGUAUCAUGUGCCUGCUGCACCAUUUAAUAUCUCAUUAAUGAUCAAUCCAGCGUUUUGCAGGAAGUGCUUCCUGACAGCUAUCAGAGAAAGUGGAACGCAUUGUCCUCUCUGCCGGGGGAGCGUGACUAAAAAAGAAAGAACGUAUCCCAAAAGGGCUCUAGAUGUUGAAAACAGUAUGAAGAAAGCUUCUGGGGGCUGUAGAUGCUGUGAGAAGCAGGUUAGAUUUUCGUGGAUGAGACAGCAUUAUAAAACGUGUAAGAAGUAUCAGGAUGAAUAUGGUGUUUCUUCUAUUAUUCCAAACUUACAGAUUUCCCAAGAUUCAACAGGGAACAGUAGCAGGAGUGAUGCAAUAUCUGAUAAUGGCGAGAUGGCUAAUAAUCAAAUACUUCAAGGAGAAACAAGUGGACACCCAACCUUCAAAUGCCCCCUGUGUCAGGAAGCCAAUUUUACCAGACAACGCUUGCUGGAUCACUGUAAUAAUAGACAUCUGUAUCAGAUAGUUCCUGUAAUCUGUCCUAUUUGUGUAUCUCUUCCUUGGGCAGAUACUAACCAGGUUACUAGAAAUCUUGUUAGCCAUCUAAAUCUAAGACACCGGUUUGACUACGGAGAAUUUGUGAAUCUUCAGCUUGAUGAAGAAGCCCAAUACCAAAAUGCAGUUCAAGAAUCCUGUCAUGUGAACUUUUAAAGUAUAGCCCCCCUUCGUCUUACUGAUUAUCUGAGAGAAAAAUUACAUUAAUUCUGUUGGUGAUCUGAAGUGUAUAUUAAUAAAAAUGGUAUUCAGUGACCACUUUUCAGGCUUAACUUUUUUGCACGCUCAUAAGGACUUUUCAUAAAUGAUUUUGCUGAAACUCAAACUUGGCAUCUUUACUGAGAUCUAUCCC